AUGCAGCGAUACGGAAGGGACAACCAUCAAGAGAGAGAGCCGCUGGGGGCGUCACACGACUACAGCACGUCCCCCGGACAUGCCCCUGGAAAUGCCUACAAAUACGAUUACGCCGGCACAGAGUCACCAUAUUACGACGACGCCAAACAAGACCCCCGCGGGAUGCAGCAGCAGCGACAUGAACCUUAUCAGUCAUAUCAGCCUUAUAUAGAGCACGACGACGCCUCGUCUGCUAGCCGUGGCUACGGUUAUGAAGCAGUUGCGCCCGUGCCUCCUCAACACAGCAAUUUCGCUGCAUACAAUAGAAGCCCUAGCCGGGGUGGCCAGGGUCACCCUUAUGCGCAACAGGCCAUCCAGAGCAACACGGCACCAGGGGCAGACAACUUUAGCGAGCACGUGUCUGGGGGUAUGUCUGGAGUUGCAUAUAGUGUUGCUGAUCGCAAUGCUCGUGAAGGCGGAAUGGAGGCCGUGAGAGGCACUGGCCAACUACCCCCUCCACCAUCCCGAAGUCAGUAUCCUCAUGCGCCCGGGGCUGGAUAUAAUGGCUUUCAACCCAGCGGCCAUGCUCCAGAAACCCUUCACAACCGUGUCCCAGAACAACAUCCAUUGCCCGCCCAAGGCUCCGGGUCAAGUCUCAACCUCUUCAGCACUCCCUCUGCCACCCACUCACCGGCAAGAAGCCUUCGAAGUUUUGGUGGCGAGUCUUUUGGGGAUGAUCCCUAUCAAGCAUUGCCAUCCAACGGACGUAGAUUUCACGAUCCCAGUCUGGGUGUCGUCAAUCCGAACGAUAUUAUUGACGACGGCGACGACGGGUUGAGCUACGCACGACAUAGCCAACGAAACUCGAUGCUCAGUGUGCCGCAUUCUGACCGAGGAAGGUCGGGGGCUGCCGUCGGUGCGGCCGGAAUUGGAGCUGCGGCUGCCGCGGGAAGUGCCUUGGGUCGAGGCGGUCACGGUCACAGUGACUCCGAAUUCGCACGCGAAAAGUUGAACAACUGGUCGACACCGCCGGAGAAGGGUCGCAGCAAGAAAUGGAGGUGGCUAGUGAUUGCUCUGGUCUUGUUCGUGGUUGUCGGUGCCAUCGUGGGUGGCGUUGUUGGAAGUAUGAUUGCUGGCAACAAGAAGUCCGGUGGUGCUGGGGGCAGCGACUCAGCAGCGGACGAUACAAGCAAGAAUGGUGACCUCAACAUAAACAGCAAGGAGAUCCAGGCGCUUCUCAACAACAAGGACCUCCACAAGGUGUUUCCUGGGAUGGACUACACACCCCUGAACACACAGUAUCCCGACUGCCUCCACAAUCCCCCGUCCCAAAACAACAUCACCCGCGACGUUGCUGUUCUCAGCCAAUUGACCAACAAGAUUCGCUUAUACGGCACCGAUUGCAAUCAGACCCAGAUGGUAAUCCAUGCUAUCAACCAGCUAAAGAUGCAAAAAGAGAUCAAGGUCUGGAUUGGCGUAUGGCAAGACGGCAAUGCCACAACCAACAGCCGGCAAUUGAAUCAGAUGUGGGACAUUCUCGAGCAAUAUGGCCAGGAACCCUUUGAAGGCGUCAUCGUUGGCAAUGAAAUCCUCUUCCGCGAAGAGAUGACAAUCACCCAGCUCGGUAACAUCCUGGACGGUGUUCGAAAAAACCUGACAAGCAAGAACAUUAAGCUGCCAGUGGCGUCGUCAGACCUGGGCGACGAUUGGCAACAGGGUUUAGCGGACAAGAGUGACUACAUCAUGGCCAAUAUUCAUCCAUUCUUCGCAGGAGUGGCGGCAGAUCAGGCAGCGUCUUGGACUUAUAGUUUCUGGACCAAUAAAGAUCAGCAAUUCUGGAAGUCUGACAAGUCAAAAAAUGUCAUUUCGGAGACUGGCUGGCCGAGCAGGGGCGGCAAACACUGUGGUGCUUCCAACACAUGCGGGCCAUCGACGCCUGGCGCAGUUGCGAGCGCGGACGGCAUGAAUCGGUUCAUGAACGACUGGGUAUGCCAGGCGCUUGCCAAUGGCACUAAUUACUUUUGGUUCGAGGCAUUCGACGAGCCCUGGAAAAUCCGGUUCAAUGAGGCGGGCAAGGAAUGGGAAGACCAAUGGGGUCUGAUGGAUGUCAACCGCAAGCUCAAGAGCGGCGUCAAGAUCCCUGAUUGCGGCGGCAAGACUGUGUAA